AUGCGAUCGGGUAACGUGUUUUUAUCGGCGUCUCUGGUUAUUGGAUAUGUCUUCGGUCAGAAUUGUCCCGGAUAUUCGAGUUAUUCGCAGUCGCGAAACCCUCCUCUCUCAUCCGGUGCCUACAAGCUUGCGUAUCAGCGACCUAACCCCGAAUGUCGUACUUUUAACUCGAGUCUGAUCGAGGAUGCUAUUAACAAAACUAAGAGUAUCAUUUUCGAUGCGGAUCUAUCACGUCUUUUCGAAAAUACCUUCCCGAACACGCUCGACACGGCUGUUAAAUGGCGAGGAGUUGCUGCUAACAACUCGGAAGAAGAGUUGGCUUUCAUAAUUACCGGCGACAUCGAUGCGAUGUGGAUUCGCGAUUCGGCGAACCAGAUAGCACCGUACAAGACUAUACUGAAGAAAAAGACUGAUGAUAUCGCUUCUGUAUUUCGCGGUACUAUUAAUUUGCAGGCUAGAUAUCUAAUUAUAUCACCAUAUUGCAAUGCUUUCCAGCCUCCACCCGAGUCCAAUAUCUCCCCAGCGCAAAAUGGGGGUAUCUAUUCUGUCACACCGUCGUACGAUCGCAAUAUUGUUUUCACUUGCAACUUUGAGCUGGAUGAUUUUGGAGGAUUCUUGCAGCUCUCGCAUGAUUAUUAUAAUGCGACAGGUGACUUGGAUUUCUUUGGCAAGUUCCAAUGGAUUCAAGCCGUGCAAUCUAUUCUUGCUACAUCAGAAGAAAUGAGGCAACCUACAUAUGGACCUGAUGGGAAAUGGAUUCCCCCUGUAUAUACAUUCCAAUCGCAGACCAUGACCGGUUCUGGCACUCUAGGAAACAAUGGUAUCGGAAAUCCCGUUAACGAGACAGGCUUGGUACGCUCGCCAUUCCGCCCGAGUGACGACUCUGCUACAUUCGAUUUCCAAAUCCCGGCAAAUAUGAUGUUGUCGAGAUAUUUGAAAUCUACAUCUGAUAUCAUGGAACGACUACCAAAUGCGCCAAAAGGGUUGGCGCAAAAGAUGCGGGACAUGGCUACCGAGAUUAGGGAGGCUAUCAAUCAAUGGGGUAUUGUAACUGCGCCUAACGGCAAGAAGAUCUUCGCAUACGAAGUUGACGGGUUUGGCGGUCAGAAUUUGAUGGAUGAUGCCAAUGUCCCAUCGCUUCUCUCGGCACCAUUUCUAGGAUACUUGGACAAGAACGAUACUAUUUAUCAAAACACGCGAGCUUUCGUUCUCAGCAGAAGUAAUCCGUGGUGGUGUGAAGGACCUCAUCUCAAAGCUAUCGGUAGUCCACAUAUUAGACCGGGAGCUGCAUGGCCUAUGUCGUCUAUCAUACGAGCGAUGACCUCGGAUGAUGACGCAGAAAUCAUAUCAUCAGUUAAGGAAGUGUUGAGCACUACCGAUGGAUAUGGUUUGAUUCACGAAAGCGUCGAUAGCUUUGACACGAGCAAUUGGACACGUCAAUGGUUUACUUGGGCAAAUGGACUUUUUGGCCAGUUAAUUAUGGAUCUAGCAGAGAGGAAACCACAUAUAUUGAAAGAGAACUUCCAACCCUUCUUCAUAAAUAAGAAAUAG